AUGACCGCCAUUCUCCCACCAGGAGGAGCGUCUUUCUUGACGCUACAACCUCACGACGAAACCUCAGACGGCAUGAACGACGUAUGGCGACGGCAGCACUACCAUCAAAUGUCUCUGCCAGCGAUUAACCACCACUACUGGCCGGAUGGCCACGGCUCAAACCUCGGGAGCGUCCACGAGAUGGACAUGAGGUUCUCUGGCGAGUACGAACCGUCCUUCAAUGGAGGUCUCAUCUCCCCACCGAUGGACGGAUACGUCCCUGACUCUAAUUGGGGCUCCGACAUGGAAAUCGGCACUCCAUCAACCACCGCCGGCGGUUUCCCGAGCGAUACCAUAGAUGGCUAUCACAACAUGCGCCAUACCAGCAAUCCCAGUCAUCACCUCCCCCUCCCGCCUCGCGCUACUCAUGAUCACCUCCCGUCUUCAGCACAGAGCCCGCAGAGCUCCCAUGAUGGUAUUAGCCCUCAUCUAUCCUAUGCUAAAGCUCCAGAACCGAUCGAGAUCAAGAGAGAGGAGAGACCGAGCCUCAUCCGGUCCGUCACGGCUCCAGAGCCUCGUCCGCGCAGAAGCACUAUCGUGGGAUCGUCCGGGACUCCUUCCGUCAAGCGAUGUGGUAGCGAAGAUGAAGACGAUGAGUACAUCCCCGGCCAGACCGAACAUCUUCACGAGACGACCAAGCCCCGUGGCCGUAAGCGUCAGCGCAUCCCACAUACGGCGGUCGAGCGCCGGUAUCGCGAGAAUCUCAAUGCGCAUCUCGACAAGCUAAGGCAGAAUGUUCCGUCGCUGGCAUCGAAGCGACCGGCUGGCGCGAGUAAGCCUGGCGAUGGGAUGGGAGAGGGCGUGAAGCCGAGCAAGUGUGAGAUCCUGAAUGGAGCGAUUGAACAUAUUGGUGCGCUGGGCAAGGAGAAUGCCGCCUUGAAGACAGAGGUCAAUGCGUUGAGGUCGAGGCUGGAGGACUUGGAGAGGUGGUGUGGCGCGUAUGCUAAGUGA